UGUGUGUGUGUGUGUGUGACUAUUCUACGAAGCUGGUCAUGCAUGUUGUGAGGCAGAGCACUAGUGCAUGUUGGGAUGAGGUCAUGAUGUAUCCUCACUUGACAUUAGUGUGCUGUACCAUGGCUACUUUUGGCCUCUGUGCUGUGGCACACACGUGUCUGCCACAGCUGACCUCUGUCUCUCCUCUCGGACUUCAGAGCAGAAUAUGUGAAGGCGAUGAAGCCGACGUGUGUGUGUUUCUCAUUGUUUAGCAUGUGUGCCCGUGUCUGAUGUGGCACUUGUCUCCGGUGCGUACUGGACUUGUGUGUCUCUGUUCUGGCGUGUGUGUGGCUGUGUUUGUGUCUGUGUCAUUGAGAAGAUGGCAGGAGAGUCAACUUGGUCAACCCAAGAAAUCCAAUCAGAAGAAGAAGAGGAAAGACACGCAACCCUCACAGGAUUCAGGUCCUUCUUGCCCGACUGAAACUAAUGGGGCCCAGGCAGCCAAUCACAAAGCCAGUCAGAACAGCUGUGAUAGAUGUACCAGAAUUGGUGCCAGUGCCGCUAGCAGCUCUAGUGCUUGUGGGAGCAGCAGUAAAACUAGCAGUAGCAGCAGCAGCACCAGCAGGAGCAGCAGCAGCAAAGCUAGCAUUAGCAUUGGCAGAGGUAAGAUCAGAAGUGCUGGUAAAAGUAGCAGCGUUGGCGGGAGCCUUGGCAGAGUCACAGAGGCGAGCGUGUCACUGAGCGGCUCAGAGCCUGGAGUAUCAGAGCAGCACAGAGGGGGGGAGAGUGAGGGGAUCAUCCAGAACCCCACCUACGAGCCCGCCUCCACCCUGCCCCAGGACCGCACCAGCCGUCUGGACACAAGAACUGGCAUAGAGAGUGGUUAUUCCUCUUUGGAGAAAGCUGGACCAGAUGCACCUCCCCCACACCAGCAACUCCUCACCCAGUCAGAUGGCUGUGACUCCGCCCAAGAAAGGUCGCAGGUCAUUGGUCAGUUUGAGAGGGAAAAUGCUGGUUCAUCUUCAUCAUCUUCCUCUUCUCCCACCACAUGGCCGGAAGAUGUUGAGAAACGUCAUGUCUGCAAAAAACAGGAACCCGACUGCUCCAAUGCCAGUUCCUCACGCUUCUCUGCCACCAGAGACCGACGCUCCAAGUCAUUGGACCGCAGAGGGUCAGACCCCACCUCCACACCUGACCUCAUCAAUCUCAAGAAAGGCUGGAUGACUAGACUGGGUGAAGAUGGCCAAUGGAAGAAGCACUGGUUUGUUCUGACCGACCAGAGUCUGCGAUUCUACAGAGACUCAGUUGCUGAGGCGGCCGCUGACCUGGAUGGGGAGAUCAACAUGUCCACUUGUUAUGAUGUCACAGACUUUCCUGUGCAAAGGAACUUUGGCUUCCAGAUUCAUACUAAAGAGGGACUGUUUACACUCUGUGCAAUGACAUCUGGGAUACGGCAGAACUGGAUCCAGGUGAUGAAGAAGAACAUACGCCCUUCCAUCAACCCUGAUGUAACAAGGAAAAAAAUCUGUCUGAAACUUUCCCCAGAGAAACACAGCUGCGCAAUACCAAGAUUUGUUGGAAAAAGAGGCUCUGUUCCUGUAGCAGCAGAGAAGAGGAGCCAUGUCCGUGAGCGGCGGAGAGAGGGGCGCUACAAAACCUACGACUGGUCAGAGUUCUGCUUGAACCAUCUCAGAAAGGAGGAGUCAGGCGCCACAGCACAAAGUCUUCAAGACUCCUCCUCUCCUCCCAUCUUUUCACCUCCCUCGUCCUCCCUCUCCACCGCCUCCUCCUCAUGCUCCGCCAUAGCCCAGCCAAUCAGCGACUGCACACAGGAAGGGGCGGGGGUUGGUGACGAGACCCCAACCAAUAGCAGCCCAGUAGUGGACAUCCUGCUUCCUCCACCAACCUUCAGCCUCACUGAGCCAGAAGAGUCUGAGAGGAAGAGUGGACAGGGUCUCCAGAGUGACAGCUCUCACAGCCAGAGGGCUGAUGAGGAGAGGGGAAUGCUGAACUUUGACCUCACUGAGGACAGGAAGGUCGGCAUGGAGGAUGAAAAGGGAGAUAAUGAGUGGGAGACUUUACAGAACACUCCCAUCCCUUCUUCAGCCCUUCUCUCGUCUUCAUCCACAUCUUCUUCUUCCUCCUCCUUGCCUACAUCCUCUGUGCAGACAGACUCAAUAGAGCGUGAGGGCGAGCUUCAGGUCUUGCGCAGCGAGAUGGAGGCGGAGCGUGGGAAGGGCCUGGCUCAGAGGGAGGAGUCUCAGCAGUGUGAAGACCGCCUCCGGGCUGAGCUGGCCGACAGAGAGCAGAAACAGAAAGAGGCGGAGUCUAUGCUGCAGGAGGCCGAGUCCCGGCUUCGGGAGCUCCAGUCUUCCUUGGAGAGGGCGGAGUCGGCACUGCAGGAGCGCGAGAAGGCCAGCGGGGAGCUCCGGUCCCGUCUGGAGGCUAUGGCGGGGCGCCUGAGGUCCUCGGAGGAAGCGGAGGAGCAGAAGGAGCAGCGUCUGAAGAAGCACCUGCUGCUGCUGCAGGAGAGCCAGGAGCGCGAGCGCCGCAGCCUGGGCGCCAGCCUGGAGCUGGCCGAGCAGCGGGGGCAGGAACUGGAGGAGCGUCUGAAACGGCAGGAGGCGCACUGGGCCGCUGAGCUGCAGAGGAGGAGCGCCGAGCUGGAGGGGAGGCGCACCGAGCUGGACAGGAGGUGUGGUGAGCUGGCGGCUCAGCUGGAGGAGUCGGACGCGGAGGUUGGGCGCCUGCGUGAGCGUCUGCAGGGUGAGGAGACGCUCUACUACGACCUGGAGCACAACUACGAGCGCGUGCGGGAAGAGAUGGAGUGCGCCAAGGGCCGAGAGCAGAGCUGCGAGGAGCGCUGCCGCCACCUGCUGGAGCGGAAGGAGUGUGAACUGCAGGAGAUGCUGGUGAAGAUGGCGGCGCUGGGGAACAGCCUGGAAGAGACGGAGCAGCGGCUGAAGCAGGCACAGGAGGAGAGGCGCCUCUGCGUAUCUUGCUGCGGGCCCACUGCAGAACCGCAGGAGCCCCCCUCAAACCUCAACACUCCCUGCCCGUCUGUGCUGCCACGCGCCUUCACAGGGGCCGAUGUCAGGCCGAAGGUGAGGAGAGGUAGCACAGUGUCACCUUCUGAGGGCACGCCAUCGGCAGCAGCGGGAGAGGAGUCGGACAAAGUGAUUUCUGUAAUCCAGGCACUGGAGAGCAAGCUGAGCGACACAGAGGAACGGCUCAGAGAGAUCAAGCUGCACUUACAGCACCAGCAGGAGCACAGCAGCAUACAGAUCCCCUCACAGCAUCUACAGCAUCAGCAACCUGCGCCUCACCACAGGAGUGCCUCAGGGACUAGUACUUGGAACCCAUCUUCCCUUGGGCUGUCACUGAGCAAGAGCUUCACAGAAGACGACGGCGCUAAUGCUAAUACUAAUGCUGACUCAGUGUUCCAGAGAGGCCCAGAUGGAGAGGGGGUAACAGGGCAAAGGGGAGGCAAAGGGCCAGUCCCUGAUGAACUGGUUUCAGCCUUGGCCCUGGUUCUUAGCAAAAUGGCGAGUGCUUUGGAACAUCAAAGAGGAGAGUUACAGGGUCGUCUCUCUGAGCUUCGCCAGGACGCCCACAAGCAGAGAAGUGUCCAUGGCAACACUAGGGCCGCACACCUCCUCUUUCACAUGAACAACCUGGGAUCCCCCACCAGCCGUGGAGCUGUGGAGAGUGCAGGAGAAAUCAGCAACGCGUGUGUGAGAGCAGAGCUUGCGUAUGUCACACACGCGCUCCUCACAGACACACUCCACGAGGAGCCAGGGAGAGAUUCCCUGGAGGAUGAAUGCUCCUGGGGGGGCACUGGAGGGAAGCCCAGUCCCACAGGGGGCCAAGUUAGCGGGUUAUCAGACCUCAGCCCACCAGAGCUCACCCCUUACCAGGGCCUGGAGGAUGAGCUGCACCAGGAAGACACUGAGCCCCAGUGCACAGGUGAGGAGGGCCUGGUCGCUGAGCACCAUGCUCAGGCCCAAGCGCUGCAUCGCCUGUCCCUCCAGCUCCAGACAGAGGAAACCAGGACCACAACAGACUCAACUCUGACCCCAGACGUCCUAAAGGAGGCGCUCCUCCACGGCCAGUUGAUCUACGUGGCAUGGCGGGCACGUGCAGGUGUGCAGCGGGAGGUGGGCGCCCUGCGCUCACAGUACGAGCGGGUGGUGAGCGAGUGCCAGACAGUCUGUGGCAGCAUGGAGACGCUCUUCCAGGAGCAGGCGGAACGCUACGAGGGGCGGCUCCGCGAGGAGAGCCACGCCCUGGACCACGCCCUCUCCCAGCUGGAGAAGGAGCGAGAGGGGCGCACCGCUGCAGAAAGCAGCGCCCGGCAGAGAGCGGAGGAGGUGCAGAAACUGGAGGUGGAGUUUCGGGAGAAGCUGCAGGAACUCCAGGAAAUCCACGAGGAGGAGAUGGGAUGUCUCCAUGGUUACUACGCACAGGCCACGACUCCAUCCAGGGCGGGCCAAGAGAACGGUCGCGAGAAGGUGGGGGUGGUGUCCAUUGCGGACCUAAAAGAGCGAAUCAAUGAGCUGGAGGAAGAGGUGAGCAGUCUAAAGGACGAACUGAGAAACAGAGAGGAGAGGAGGGGAGACUCCAAAGCACAAGAGGCUAACCACCAGAGGGAUCUGGAGAGCUUAAAGACAACGUUUGAGUGUGGCAUCAGUAGCAUGGAAGAGAGUCACCGCAGGGUCCUGGAGGACCUACGGCGGCAGCACCACAGAGAGGUGGAGCGACUCAAAGAGGAGAGAGAUAAUCUCCUGCAGGAGGAGACCAGCGCAACCAUAUCAGCAAUUGAGGCGAUGAGGAAAGCUCACGUGGCAGAGCUGGAGAAGACCCAGAGACGCCAGCACAGCAGAGCUAACACAGAUGAGGAGCUGCAUUGUCUAGACAGGGAGCUGGAGGUGUUGUCAGAGCAGUACUCUCACAAGUGCCUGGAGAACAGGCAACUCAGCCGAGCCAUAGAGGCAGAGAGACAAGCACUGAACAUCAGUCAGAGAGAGAACCAGGAGCUACAAACCCAAAAUCAGGGUCUGAAGAAACGCCUGGCAGCUGAGAUCACUCACGUGCGUUCCUAUACAAAUGGAGAAUGCAGAGACACAACUGAUACUCACAUUAAGGACCUAUAUCAACUAGAGGUGACACUGCGGGUUAGAGAGGCAGAGAUCCAGCACCUGAAACAAGAGAUCAGUUCUCUGAAGGAUGAGCUGCACGUAUCAACCAGGCAUUCUGAAGAACUGUACUCUGAACUGAAGGAGUUUAAAUCCCAGAAAGACACCAGCAAAGUGCAGGGAGACUGCCUCUCUGUCUCUGAGAGAUUUGACCUGAUGAAAUCCAGGAGCUCUCCAGAAUUCUGGAAGGAAAGUUCCGGGAUGCAUACAAGAGAUGGCCUCUCUCCUGAAGAGAAGAUGAAGCUUUUUGAGUCCAUGGAGCUCUGACUAUUCUAUGGCAUUGUCUCACACAGUGGCUGUGUGUGUGUUUAUGUGUGUGUGUGAAUGUGUGUGUGAGUGUGAGUGCGAGUGUGUUUGUGUGUG